CCCCCAUGACUUACAAGCCUCAGCUGUUUUGCACCUCGUCAGCACGCUAGACCACCCUCUGGACACUAAACCCCUUCCAUCUUUCUCCGACAUGUCGAAUCCAUCCGAGUUUUAUCUCCCACCGACCCUCCCAUAUCCCGUCAAGAUUGCCUCCAUUGACGCACAGCCAGGAGACUCAGUCCAGCGCGGCGCUCGCCUGCUUUCGUACUCGUUCAUCUAUGUAUCCGCAGCCUCGGAGACGCAGCCCGAGACACGCUUUGGCACAUGGGACUGCACCGUGGAAGGCACGCUCGCGAGCUGGAGCGUGCGGGUCGGCGACGUGAUCUCCUCCGAACGGGCCAGGCAGCGUGUCAUUGUCACGAUAGACGAACCGUGCAAGCACGACAUCCAAGUCGGUGGAAUGUGUGCAGUGUGCGGAAAGGAUAUGACAGACCAUGAUUAUACGGGCUUCUCGAACGCAUCUCGCGCGUCUAUUCAGAUGACCCACUCCGCUUUCGGUCCCACCGUAUCUCUCGAGGAAGCUCAGAGGAUUGAGAGGGAGACCGCGGAGCACCUCCUGAAGUCAAGGAAGCUAUCGCUCAUCGUCGAUCUCGACCAAACUAUCGUUCACGCUACCGUGGAUCCCACCGUCGGAGAGUGGAUCAACGAGGGCAAGCAGUGGGAGCAGAAACACAUCCAGAAACAGAAGGCCAGGGAUGAGAGAAAGGACGGCAGCGACUCAGACGGGACCGCUUCCUCGGACGAAGACGACUGCAACCCGAACUGGGAUGCGCUCAAGGACGUCAAGAGCUUCCGCCUCGGACCGGAGUCGUUCGUGAUGCCACAGUCUCAGAAGAGAGGCAAGCAGAAGCUGAUUGAGAACGACGGCUGCUUGUAUUACGUCAAGCCGCGACCCGGAUGGAAGGAGUUUUUCCAGGAGCUAUCCAAGAAGUAUGAGAUGCAUGUCUAUACCAUGGGUACUCGUGCCUAUGCAGAGGAAGUAUGUGCAGCCAUUGAUCCCGAUAGCAAGAUCUUCGGCGGCCGAAUACUAAGCAGAGACGAGAGCGGAAGUCUAACUCAGAAGAGUCUGCAACGCCUAUUCCCUUGCGAUACUUCCAUGGUGGUGAUCAUAGAUGAUCGAGCAGACGUGUGGGAAUGGAGCCCCAAUCUUAUCAAAGUCAUUCCAUACGACUUCUUCGUCGGUAUUGGCGACAUCAACUCGGCCUUUCUACCCAAAGUAGAGCCGCUAGCUGCUGCCGCCCCAGCUCCGACAAAGAAACCGCCGACUCCAUCUCAACCGCAGCCCGAACGACCGCCAUCGGCGGAGGAAGAAGAGCGCAGCGAGGCUACGUCGGAUGCCAUACUUACUCAAAACUCCAUAGACCUCAAGACUCAAGUGGAGGAGAGACCGCUGGCCAAGAAACAGGAGGAGCUGCAAGGUUCUUCAACCCCGCACCCGAAUGGAGAGAAACCUGACUCGGGGAACGAGACCCCGCACGCCGCGCAAGAGCAGGUAGAUUCCAGCACUACGGAGUCUGCGUCACCUGAGAAGACGUCACGAAAAGCCCUGUUGAAGAAUGAUGACACUGAACUCAAGCGUGUCGGAGGGCUUCUCGAAGAUAUCCAUGCUCGCUUUUUCAGCCUGUACGAUUCAAGGUCAACAGACGUGUCGUCGAAAAAGCGGCGACAUGGCUCAAAAUCCUCCAAGAGCCACGAUGUGACACACAUCAUUCCAGAAAUACGGGCGAAAGUGUUUGACGGCGUGCAUAUCCUGUUUUCGAGUGUGAUCCCACUAGAUACGCCUCCUGAGACGACAGAGAUUUGGAAAGUCGCACACAUGUUUGGUGCUAAAUGUUAUACCGAACUUUCCAGCUCCAUCACUCAUGUUGUCGCUGCUCGCCUUGGUACCGUCAAAGUCGAUGCUGCGCGAAGACGAGGAGGAAUCAAAGUCGUCUGGGUAGCAUGGUUCACUGACUCUGUCGCGUUGUGGAGACGCAUGGACGAGUCCCACUAUUAUUUGGAGGAGCCUGCUGCAGCCCAUGCAAGUCCAAAUUUGGAUCCAAACCAGAUCUCGUCCGACCCUGAACCUGAUGCAGAUGACUGGGAUGAGGAGCCCGGGGCGGAUGGUUCGCGUUCCCUCCAGUUGGAUGCAAUUGACUGGAACGACAUCAACGAUGAGGUCGAGGCGGCGAUGAACGAGAGCGACGAUUCAAGUGACGAUGAUGACGAUGAUGAUAUGAGCGAUCGCGGCAGCGUGAAGAGCGCUGCAUCGGAACUUGGGGUCUCCCCGUCACCAAGAUCAAAACGGAAACGCCUUCGGAGUUUGACACCUUCAGAGGCUGGUUUGAAUGGCUCUGCGGAUACGGAACUACGAUCACCACUAUCAAAGCGCAAGAAACUUGCCGCAGACCGCUCAGGACUAUCGAGGUUGAAAGAGGCUAUCUCAGCCGAUGAACUACCAGAGAAGCAGGAUCGGAGUUCGCGGGCAGCGACGCCCUCGCGGUUGUCUGUGGCGGACGUCGACGAAGACGACGGCAGUAGUGAGGUUACCGAGGACGACUUUUUAGCUCGCGAGCUUGGCGACUGGGACGAAGAACUAGGAUGAGCGCUGCGGUGUGUUUUGUAUUUUCAAUCUCGAACUCUCAUAAGUACUAUCUACUCCUUGUGUAAUGUGCAUGCUCUGUUGUAUAUAUCCUACGUCAACGCGUUACCUUCUAGCUACUAGUACGUGAUGAUUUGAUAUCUCGGUGUUGCAUGGCUACCUUGAGAGGUCGAUACAGUAUAGCUCCCAUAAUGCGGCGACUUCUUCUCCGGUUGCUUCUACGAACAAGUCAUCGGAAUACCGAGAAUCCUUCAUUAGUCCGUUCAGCCUGCGAACACUGCCUUCACCACAGCUCUUCUCGACCCAGUCGAGGAAGUAGGCUGUGGUCUGGUAUCCCGCAUCCCAUUUACCGCCGCAAGAGCGCUUCCAAUGUGGUGGACUGUAGCCUGCUCGCAGACGCACAUAGUCAGCGAUCCCUUCGAUGAGUCCACCAGGGCAGGUAUCCUUCGCGUUGUACUGGAAGCAGUGCACUGCUUCAUGAAUGAGCACGCCAAGAAUCUCAUCGCGUGCCCGCGCUUCCGAGUUCUUGAUAUGGUUCAGGGAGAGAUGAAUUUCCUUCUCGGUGUGCGAUCCAAAGGUGUACGCCACACCGUCAAACGGGCGGAGAAUGAGGGUGAUCUGCCGGACGUGUGUGGGGGCAUCGUCUACGGUGUACAGCCAGUCAAAUGAUUGCUUGACGGCAUGCUUUAGCGCCGCCUCGACCUUCUUGAUCUCACUGAAGAAGAGCGAUGCGCCAGGGUGAGAUAGGUCUUCCACGCGCAAGACGAACUUGGGGCAAAGCCAUGUAAAUGAAGCAGAUGGAUCGGUAGGAGGCAUGAACGAGGCCAACUCUGUUACACGACACGAGGCGGCAGAAUAUAUCGAGGACUACUUUUGAGCACGCGCACUGGGGCAUAUAUAGCUGAUGCGAUCAAGUAAAGGGCGCCCGUGCGUGGCGGUAGAGCAUCGGGGACUGGAGCAAACCGGACAAAAACCAUAAGACGGAAAACAGUAGGGCUACAGAGCGGUACGUAUACUUUAGCCGUGAAGUUAUCAAGCGGCUUACUAGCUUUACAGUUAUUCACGAAAGUAAAUGCAGGGCGAUGCAGAUCUGCCUAACGGCUGAUUAAAAGCACGCAGGGAGGCUGCUCGACGACUUGCCUAUGACCUGGAAUGAAUGCCGGCCGCAGCUUCCAGUCGAAGGACUUCCUCCCUGAGUGCGUCUCUGCCCUCCUCGAGCCAGCGACAAUAUUCCACAGCACGGAAUAGGACGCCACUCUUUCCCUUGCUGCCGCUUUUGCCUCGGCUGCCGCUGCCCUUGGGCCGGCCUCGACUGGGCAUGUUGAUACCAGGUGCGCCUGCAGGAGCGAGAAGCGAGAUGAGCUGGGCAUAUCCAUCGCGAAUGGCAUUGCGUCUCUUUUGCUCGGACAUGAUGUGGUUCAACCUUUUCUGCGGGGUGGACAGGAGAGGCUUGCCACGGGUGUUGCCACGAGGUGUAGACGAGGAGCCCCUUCGCUUCAAUUCCGAGGUGGCAGCAGCAUCGGCGUGGGGAACAUCUGGAACCGAAGGAGGAGGCUGAGACAUCUGCGCGUGAUCUUCCAUGUUCACUGGACUGAGAUUCUCCGGCCGGGGCAAGGUAUGUGGCUGAGGAUACUGGAGAGCGGGCAAGGUGUCGUGAUGUGCAUGGCUGACUGGGGAGAGGUCAGGACGAGAACCAGGUUGGAAAGAGUGGUGGUUAUAUGGGUCUGAGAAGGCGGGAUCCUGGUCAAACUCCCAGUUGAAUUCGUCGAGGAAACCAAGUAGAUCUGUUGUCUCUGAUGGGGUGAAGAGAUCCGCCG